AUCGAGAGGCGGCCGCCUCUCAGUUUUUUAAUGGGGGGGUGGGUGCCAUUGGGUGGGUGGGUAAUAGUUUAGUUUCAUAAUUAUUACAAAUGUAGAAAAAUAACACACAGAAAUAUAUUUUAAUAAUGAUAUAAGGAGAAGUCAGUGUGGCCACUUGCUAGUAGGCAGUAAUUGUAGUGCAGCACCUAGUACCAGUAACUAUAACUACUGUCUAACCACUGCAGCAGGCUGCCAGCUGGUAACAACAAGUACAUUGGGACGGUAUAUCGUAUUAUUAUUUAUUGUUAUCGAUAUCAGAAGUAUAAAAAUAGAAUAAACUUUCUGAACAACCGGUGAAAGAAAUUAUCUUGUGUGCACUGUAGACUGUAGUACCUAGUGUAGUUGGACGUUGGACUCUAUAAAAUAUCACAUAUCGUUAUCGCAUUCCCAAUAUUAUUUUUAAUUAUUUUGUUCGCCGUUCGUGAGUCGACAACACAUGUCACAUAAUUUUAAGUAAUUAACUAAUAAUGAGUAAUAUGAAGUGUGAAUACUGUGGACGUGAACGGGAUUUAAAAAAAAUUAAUGAAGUUAAUUGGAAGCGACAUGUUAGUUCGUGUAAGCUUAAAUUUAAAGGUGGAAACAAACGUUUGGAUACAUUGAAUUAUUUUUUCAAAACGACUAAACCAUGUAUUACUGGUAUUUUGGAUUUGGAUAUAUCUUUAAAUAAUGAUGGUAAACAACUUGUCAAUUAUCCCUCUGCUUCUUGCUCGAGUUUUUUUAACCCAACAGGUAUUUCGGAUUCGGAUGUAUCUUUAAAUAAUGAUGGGAACGAUGUACAAAUAUGUAGUGCUACCCAAAAUGAGUCAUAUUCACAGAUAAAUAUUGAAGAAGAUACUUCUCAAUUAUGUUGUUAUCCAUCAGAUUUCCCAAAUGAUCCAGCCAUUUUACCUACAACUGUAUCAUAUGAGUUGAAAAAUCAUUUUUUUUCAUUGGGCCCUUGUCAACCAUCCGCCUUAGAAUUAAAGAACAAGAUAUUUCCACAAAAGAAAGACUCUCAAGGUGUUAUGCGUUCAUUUCAUGAAACUUAUUAUCACCGUAAGAUUGAAGAUGGAAAAUUUGUAAAACGGUUAUGGUUAUCCUACUCCCCUUCACAAGACCGUUUUUAUUGCAUCACUUGUAAGCUAUUUGGUCUGCCUAAGGCAAAGAAAACGUUUUUAGCAGAUAAAGGGUCUAAUGAUUAUAAAAAUAUUAAGCGAACAAUAGAAAACCAUGAAAGCUUCCCAGAACAUCUAACAAGUGAAAUGGCUCGAGUAAUGUAUGAAAAGAACGUAAGGAUUGACACAGGAAUGCAUGAACGUGUCAAUCGAAAAGUUGCAGAAAAUAGGCAAAUUGUAUCAAUAGUUAUAGAUGCUCUUAUUUUUUCUGCAAGACAAAAUAUUGCACUCAGGGGGCACAACGAGAAACAUACAUCAACCAACAGAGGUAAUUUUCUAGAAUUAUGCUCAUUUAUAUCAACAUAUAAUCCAAUAUUAAAGUUACAUUUAGAAAAAUUAAAAGAAAACAAGAUUAACCGUCUUUCAUUUUUAUCCAAUGUGACUCAAAAUAAACUUCUUUGUAUAUUGGCGGAUAUGGUUCGAAAGGAUAUUUUAAAACAAGUGAAUAAGUCAGGGCAAUUUGCUGUAAUAAUUGACACAACUACAGAUGUUUCUAAUCAAGAACAAUUAACUGUCAUUUUAAGAUACAUAGAUGAAGGAAAACCUCAAGAGCGUUUGGUAGCACUAGAAACUGCUUCUGAUUCUACUGGUCUAGGUAUGUUUAAAGUGUUUUGUAGCAUUACAGACAAAUACAAUAUCAACUGGAAAACACAGAUGAUUGCUCAAACAUAUGAUGGUGCUGCCUCUAUGCAAGGCAAAUACAGUGGAUUGAAAACACGUAUACAAGCGGAGAAUCCAAAAGCAAUGUUUACUUGGUGUUUUGCCCACAAACUAAAUUUAGUUAUAGUUGAUACUUGUGAUUGCUGCAUUAAUACCAAAACUUUUUUCGGUAAUGUUGGCGCUUUAAUUGAAUUUAUGAGAGCUAGAAAACGGACGGCUGCCUUUGUAGAAUCUCAAGAAAUAUUAAAUCCGAGAGAACAAAAGCGUCGCAUCAAACGUUUUUCCAUUACUAGAUGGACAUCCCAUGAUCGAGCUUUGGUUGUCAUUCAAGAAAAGUACUCUGCUCUGCUGAAAGCAUUGGAAAAUAUUUCAAAAGCAAAUGAUUCAGAUCGUAAUACAACUUCAACAGCCAAAAACUUCAUUUCGGUUAUAACAUCAUUCCAAUUUAUCUUAGUUUUGGUUCUGAUGAGAAGAAUAUUUUCGGUUUCCACUGAAGUUUCAAACUAUUUGCAAUCAAAAUCUAUUGAUUUCAUGCAAGCUAUCAAAAUGGUGAAUAUUGCUAAGAAUAGAUUGAAAAUUUUGCGUACUGAUGAAGGAUGUACUGAAAUAAUUAAUACUGCUAAAGAAUUUGCUACUAAAAACAGUCUUUCCCAAUGUGACUUCAAAAUGGUAAGAGCAAGAAAGAAGAAAAUAAUGCCUGGUGAACUAUCCAGAGAUGAAGUGCUACAAUCUCCUACUGAUUUAUUUCGCUGUGACGUUUGUUUUAAAGUUUUAGAUGCUAUUAUUACAUCAAUUGACACAAGAUUUAAUGAUUCUCAAGAAAUUCUUAAAGAUUUAAGCCUGCUUACUCCGGAACGUAUGUUAUCCAUUAAAACUAAAAGUGAAUUGCCCAGUAGCGCGUUUGAACAAUUAUCGAAUUGGAUAGACAUUGAUACUAAUAAAUUACAAUCUGAAUAUUUAACAUUUAGCAACAGCUUAAAUGAUCUUUUUAAUGACAAUUAUUCAACAACAACAAGUAUAUACAAUGACAAAAAUAAUGACAGGACUGAUCAACCAGAUUUUAGUUCAAAAAUAAGUGAUGAUUCUGAAAUUGAAGAAGUCAGUACAACAAAAAUGUCUAGCUUAGACAUUUUGGGUUUAUUAUCAAGUCACAACUUAAUAGCAGCCUUUCCAAAUUUGUACUUGGCAUAUAAAGCGUUGUGCAUCAUACCUGCAUCAUCCGCAUCUGCUGAACGCAGCUUUUCUAAGGUAAAACUAGUUAAAUCUAGGCUUAGAUCAACCAUUGGGCAGAAUCGGUUGGAAAGUUUACUUAUAUUAAGCUGUGAAAGAGAUAUUGAAAUUGAUCGUAAUGAAGCAAUUGACAUAUUUGCAAAGUCCUCCGAUCUCUUGAUGCAGAAUUUAUUGUUUAAAUAAAAUAUUAAGUGAUAUUUUAAUUAUUGUAAUUUGUGCUACUUAACCCUAUUAAACACCAAAGUGAUCUUUUAAAAAAUAUUAUCUCAUUUAAUGUUAUUUUGAUUAAUCUUAUAACAUGGUUUUGAAAUUGCCUGAUAGAGGCAAUUUCCCCACAAACCCAUAAAUGUAAUGUUUUUAUAGGCCAAUUUUUAAGAGAGAGAAUACAAACCUAGUGUUUAAUGUUCAAUAAUAGGUCAUGGGCUCUUAGGUGGGUGGGUGGGUGGUUAUCGAAGAAUAUACUU